GAUUAAAAAGGCAGUCAGCUCACCUUGAAUUCUUCAGCAGGAUCCUUGACGUUACUUUGUACACAUCACGUCAGAAACAUGUGAAACACUUCUCAGGCUUCACUACUCUUUUUGCCUGGAGUGAGCCUCACAGGCUGCGUUAUUUCUGAAGAGGUGUCGUUUCAGAAUGAGGGGUGCUGUAGCUCUGCUGGUGUUGCUGCUCUGUCGGUCUGGGACACGGGCUCAGGGAGAAAGUGGAGGGGAUAGAGAGAGUUUAGUGGAGAGCCGCGGGACUGGAGAUACAGAGUUGACUAGCAAACAGACGACCGGCCAGACCAUCACAACGCCUGAUAUCUGGGGUGAGGUAGAGGAGCUUAGAGACGUGGUGGAUAACCUGGGAACCAUGAUUUUGGAGCAGAGAGAGAAGAUGAGGAACAUGGAGAAAAAGAUGGAAAGAAGGUGGAGAGAAAAAUGGCGAAGAGGAUCUGAGGCCAGACUGGAGAGUGAGAAUGCUGCUAUGGGGGCCAGACUGAGUGUCAUCGAGAGGGAGGUAGAGGACUUGAAAGAACAGAAUACAGCCAUGGGCGCCAGACUGAGUGCCAGUGAAAGGGAGGUGGAGGAGCUGAAGAGAAUAAAUGCAGCCCUGGAGGCCAGAGCGACAGACAGUGAGAAUGGGAACACAGCCUUAGAGGCCAGACUGAAUGCCAGCGAGGGGAUGGUGGAGGAGCUGAGGAGAGAGAAUGCAGACAGACCAAAGGUGGCCUUCUCUGCUGGUUUGACUAAUGAUGGAUAUUUAGGACCCUUUAAUAGUAUCACCACCCUAGUAUACAGAAGGGUCAUCACCAACAUCGGCAAGGCCUACAACCCAAAUACAGGUGUCUUCACAGCACCAGUGAGAGGACUCUACUACAUCAGAUUCACUGCCAUGGGUCUCAAGGGUCCACCGUCCAUAGAUGCCUAUAUUUACCACAACGACAAGAGUGUCAUGUUCAAUCACCAGAACAAUGACAAUGGGCGUAAUAGGUUCUUGUCUAAUGCGUUGACUCUAGAGCUGGAGGCCGGGGAUGUGGUCUACAUGCGUCUCCCAGUAAAUCAGGAGCUCUAUGAUGAAAAGUCGAGUAACUACAGCACCUUCAGUGGCUUCCUGCUCUUCCCUAUGUGAAGGGAGCACUCUGGUGUGAGUUUGAGAUCAAUAAAUUAUCCAGAUUAUUUCUA